CUGACCGUGAUCGCGGUUCCCCAACUCGUUCCCAGCAGCCCCUCCACCUCCACUUAUCGUAUACACCAUGGACAGGACUACGUCGACCGACAAUACGACCGUUACGGUCGCGAUGAUGACGCCCUUCUUACACUUCACAAGUGGAGACGCGCUGUUCUUCAAGGCGUGGACGCCAUCGUCAGCUGGCGCCCUCGCCGGAGCGUCCAUUGGAUUGUUUUUCCUUGCCGUGUUCGAGCGCUGGCUUGCUGCGAUGCGAGGUGUUCUGGCCAUUCACUGGCACAAGAGAGCCCUCCAAAUGAUGUCCGAGUCAACUGGCCCAUCGCAGCCAUCUGGUAACGAAGGAGCGCCGAAGGGCAAUGAAUCGUCCUCCUCACUGUCGAGGAAAGGACGUGCUCGUCGCGCUCCAGCUUUCAUUGCUUCGCACGACUUGCCUCGCGGAGCUAUUUUCGCUGUGCAGGCGCUCGUGGGCUAUCUCCUUAUGCUGGCAGUCAUGACCUUCCAAGCUGCCUACAUUAUCUGCAUCAUCGCGGGUUCUGGCGCUGGCGAGAUGGCCUUUGGCCGGUGGGGCACGGGCAAUGGCCAUUAGGGGUUACCUCGUUCGCACAAUGUAUCACCAUCUUCAUCGUAGUGUAGUUGCUGCUAUGCGCUGUACUUCCCUCCUUGUCCGUCCAGCUAAGCGUAACGAUCAGAACACGACAUGUGGC